AUGCGGAUGAGCAGCACCGUCAAGCGCGUCUUCCACUUUUCCUUUUCGCCCAAGCGCUCCUUAUCCUUUAAAGGCAAAGGGGUCGAUCAGACGACCAUCGACGUCUGCUAUUGUGCGGAGGUCCAUGACCCUGAGAUGGCGGUGAGUGACGACUCGUUGGACCUGCAGGCGAGCAGCAGGAAAAAAAGCAGCAGCAAAAGCAGGAAACGCACGCAUCUCGUGCGGGUGGUGAGUUGGGCGAGUAUCGCCAGGGGCACCUGUCGACGAUGGACGAUGGAACAGGAACGCGAACUGAGAAUAGCCGAACAUGAACUGGCGAGAUGUCAAAAGGCGUGGAGUUCCGAGCAGGAGUUGUGGCUGGCAUAUAUCAAAGCCCUUGAAGAAGAAAAAGAAGCCCAUGAGGAUUUCUACCAUAACCGAGCCAAACAACAAGACGAUGAACAACAGAAUUUCCGCAAAGCGUGGAAUCGACGCAAAUCCAGCGACAUCCGCGAGGAACAGCGCGAAGUGAUGCCGAGGAGCGACCAUCGACGACGUUUACGAAAGAGUCUGGAUAGAUAUAGAUGA